AUGACGGAGGUUUCAUCCACCCGAUUGUAUCUUGGGAACCUUCCCCGCAAUGUCACCAAACAGGACAUCGAGGAACACUUCAGUACUCAUGGCUCCGGUAAGAUCACGGAGAUCAAGCUGAUGAACGGCUUCGGCUUCAUCGAAUAUGAAGAUGCGAUGGAUGCCCGUGACGUUGUACCUGAUGGCAGUGACUUCAAAGGAGAGCGACUGACAGUGCAGUUUGCUCGUGGUCCUCGACGCAAGGAGAACUUUCCUGGUCCCCAGGAUCGCCCGGCAGUUCCUCGUCCUCGUCGUACCAUGUUCCGGAUGCAGAUCUCCGGUCUCCCUGAAACUAGUUGGCAGGACUUGAAAGACUUUGCUCGCCAGUCAGGACUGGAUGUGGUCUACUCCGAGACCGGCCGCGAACAAGGAAGAGGGUUUGUUGAAUUCGAAACCGCAAACGACCUCAAGACUGCCGUGGAAAAGCUGGACCAGCACGAUUUCAAAGGCUCUCGCGUGACCUGCGUUGCGGAUUUUGCUCCCCAGGAAACCAACACCCCGUCUCAUCUCUUUCUUCAGAUCCAAAGCUAUGAAGACCGUCCGUACCGUGAACCGUACCGGUCUCGCUCCCCACGGCGGCCCUAUCCUCCCAUGGACGAAUACGACCGAAGGUUCCCCGCGCCCCGUGGAUACAGUCCCCGGGACCAUUAUCGUGAACGAUCACCCGUUCCCAUGCGCGCAGGAUACUAUGAACGCGAUGGCUAUGGACGCCGUACGCCCCCGCGCCCCCGGAUGGAGGACUACCCGCCUCCCCGCCGUCCGUACGAGGACCCUUAUGAUGCCCGGCCUCCGCCCCCGCCGCGCCACUAUGAUGACCCCUAUCUAGCGGCGCGGGCCAUAUGGCCGCCCACGUUCUCCUCCCCGAAGUGA